AUGAGAUUUGGUCAAACUGGUAAGCUAAGUCUGAGGUACAUUGGUCCAUAUGAGAUUUUGGACCGAGUCAACGAAGUAGCUUAUCGCUUGGCGUUGCCGACAGACUUGGAUAAAGUUCAUAAUGUUUUCCACGUGUCGAUGUUGCGAAAGUAUAUACCAGACCCUAGCCAUGUGAUCAGACAUGAGCCUUUGCAUCUAAGGAAGGAUUUGACUUAUGAAGAGAAACCGAUUGAAAUUCUUGAUCGUAGGGAAAAGCAACUUAGAAGCAAAGUAAUUCCUAUGGUUAAGAUUUUAUGGGCUAAUCACACGUCAUCUGAAGCCACUUGGGAAGUAGAGGAUCAGAUGAGAACAAAAUACCCUCACUUGUUUGAAUAG